ACGACGCGUUUUCCGUUCCCACUCUUUACCUCACAUAUCCCAGGAUACUAAAAUAAGCCACAUGUCCUCCUCUUCUCUUCUCAACAUAACUGUUGUUCCCUUCUUUGCACUGCAAAUUCCCUGUGCAUGUAUUAGUUUUUGAUUGAUUUUUUUUUCUCUGAGGGGGGCACAUUAAUUGUGCUCAAUACUCAUACAUUGCGGUUCCUUUAUUAUUUUGUAAUUCAUUACAUUGAUAUUGAUUAACAUGUCAUUUGUCAAAAAGAGUCUAAUUUAGUUGGUUGAUCAGAGUGUGUGAUAGUCUUCGAUUCCACGGAUUAAAAGAAAAAUUAACAUGUCAUCAAAGCUUCAAGUUCAGCAGCUUAAUCAGUUAAGGGAGAUUUUCGGUCGAUUUGACAUGGACUCAGAUGGAAGCCUAACAAUGCUAGAGCUAGCAGCACUUCUUAGGUCUCUGGGGCUGAAGCCCUCGGGUGACCAAGUCCAAGCACUGUUAGCCAACAUGGACUCAAACGCCAAUGGCAAAGUGGAGUUUGAUGAAUUGAUAAGAGCCAUAUUACCUGACAUAAAUGCACAGGUUUUGCUGAACCAAGAACAGCUCCUAGGGGUGUUCAAGUGCUUCGAUCGCGACGGCAACGGUUACAUAUCGGCCGCAGAGUUGGCCGGGGCAAUGGCCAAAAUGGGCCAGCCACUCACGUACCGAGAGCUCACGGAGAUGAUCAAAGAGGCUGACACGGAUGGGGAUGGUGUUAUUAGCUUCACUGAGUUUGCCACUAUCAUGGCUCGCUCUGCUUCUGAUUUUCUAGGCCUCUCGUUCUGCUGACCGUAUAACAUAUAUUCAUUUCAUCUAAGUUGUACAAUAUUCUUGAUUUUUUUUCCUUUUGAAUGAAUGAAUCAAUCAAAUAAUGAUAUUUGGUUUGUACUGGGUAUUACUAAUACUAAUUACCCACAAUUCCUGCCAAUUUCUAGCUUUUUUUAAAAAAA